UAGCUCCCCUUGUCUUGUUGCGUUAACCAGCUAACGUUAGCCAUGUUUGUUUAUAACCCAGAGAUCUCAUUAAGCUCCUGGCAGCUGGUCAGGUGCAGCGUGACACAUCUAUGCUACGUGCUUUGCAAGAGGCUCCCUGAUUUAAACGAUUUAUGACAAAUGCGUAUUUAGAAGAUGUCAUCAGUCACUGCUAACGUCAGCCCGCAGCUAGCAGUGCCACAGUUUUGGAGCCAGCUAGUGCACCUCGUUUAACAUGGCUCUCAGAGCACUGAAACAUUGACUUUGUAUUGCACUAAUAACGACCCCUGAAUUGCCAGAUAGCUGCAGCCUGUGGGAAAUUAAUUAAUUUGCAAUAAAAGCUCGCCCCAUUAUUUAUUUAUAGCUUGUGCAACUGCAGAGGGGAGAGCAGGUUCAUGAAAACGUAAAACAUGCCUUGAGUUAUGCAUUGCGAAUGUUAUGCAUGAAAUAUAUCAUUGCCAUAGUUGUUUCAGAAUUGAUUUUUAUCAGUGUAACACGUUGUUAUGUUGACGCAAAUGUUUCAUGGGCCUAUCCUCCCCUGACGGAUUAAACAGCUAUUAGUUACAUUAAAUGCCAGUUCAGCUUUUCUAACGAAAUUACGUGCUUGCUUUUCUUGGUAUGUGAGCAAUAUCGCUAUGCAUGGCAUUCACAGUCUUCACAUGCUUACAGAAAAACAAACCUCGAAACUUCUUUUACUAUUGGUGUGUAACAGUAGCAAAGUAUGUGGAAAUAAAGUGCAAAUGCAUGGCAAAAUAGAACAAUGAAACUAUGAAACUUCCUUCUUUGUGCUACAGAAAACAUGUUGCCUAUGUGUCAGUGGGAGAUGAUCGGGAAACAGAAGAUCAGAGGUUUGAUAAUGAAAAGAUAGACAGUUGUCUUGUAAACAAAAUAAUGGACGAUUCCCAUUUCAACUCAUCAUACUUUUGGUCUCCCGUCCCCACUGUACAAGGACAGAUCGAGAACGCCAUGUUCCUGAACAAGGCAAAGGAGCAGCUGGGUCCAGAGAAGGCCAACACGCCCUCCUUCCCUCACUCCUCUGCAUCUUCCACCUCCUCUCCCCACUACCCCACGGCUGUGCUCGCCAUCCCCAGCUCAGUGGAUGCGGGUUCCGGGGUGCGGUUGGUCCCAAAACAGGAGGGAGGUGGGGGAACAGGAGGAGGUGGUGGUGGCAUGAGUGCGCUCGGGGGACACCUGCAUCAGUCGCACACCACUCAGAACAUCACCGUUGUGCCUGUUCCCUCUACAGGUAUCAUGACUGCAGCGGGGUUAGUGAUCACCACCCCUCAAGGCACACUGGUCCCCACUGCCUCCACGCAGUCAUUUGUAGCUGGACACCCUACUGCUACCACCAUGAUAGUGUCUGCAGUACACCCUUCAAAUGCAGACAAGAAAGAGGACAUUGCUGUCCCUCCUGCAGUUGUAAUGCCGACACCAUCAAAGCGAGGCAGGAAGAGCAAGCAGAUGAUGGGCAGAGUGGCUGGAGUGGGUGGAGUCCUCCCUCCAGGAAGUGAUGCAUUAAUAUUGGCUCACCUGGCUGCUGGUGGACAGCACCACAGUGCUGACCCAUAUGACCUGUCAAAUGAUGAGGAUGAUCACACCAACAAAGAUGGCCCCAAAUCCUACAGGUGUCGGAUGUGUGCAGUGACGUUCUUCAGCAAGUCAGACAUGCAGAUCCACGCAAAGUCCCACACAGAGGCCAAGCCCCACAAGUGCCCCCACUGUUCCAAGUCGUUUGCCAACUCCAGCUACCUGUCCCAGCACAUCCGCAUCCACAGCGGGGCCAAGCCCUACACCUGCACCUACUGCCAGAAAACGUUCAGGCAGCUCAGUCACCUACAGCAGCACACACGAAACCACACGGAGGCCAAGCCCCACAAGUGCCCCCACUGCUCCAAGUCGUUUGCCAACUCCAGCUACCUGUCCCAGCACAUCCGCAUCCACACCGGGGCCAAGCCCUACGCCUGCUCCUACUGCCAGAAAACAUUCAGGCAGCUCAGUCACCUACAGCAGCACACACGGAUUCACACUGGUGACCGACCGUACAAGUGUAACCAUCCUGGUUGUGAAAAAGCUUUCACUCAGUUGUCCAACCUACAGUCUCACCGUCGGCAGCAUAACAAAGAUAAGCCGUACAAGUGCCACAACUGUAACCGUGGUUAUACAGAUGCUGCCAGCCUGGAGGUGCACCUGUCCACACACACCGUCAAGCAUGCCAAGCUGUUCUCCUGUGGCCUCUGUAACCGAUCCUAUACCUCGGAGACGUAUCUAAUGAAACACAUGAGGAAGCACAACCCCGACCCGCUAACGGUGGCAGCAACAGUAGCUGCUCAGCAAGCCCAGGGCCUUACGCCAGGCGGAGGCAGGGGCCGAGGCCGUGGCCGGGGGAGAGGAGCUGGUGGAGGAGGUGGGGGCAGAGCAGGCCAGCUCCAAAGCCAGAACAACCCCAACAACACCCAAAAUCCUAACCCUGGACCACCAGGCAGCUACCAACCAACCCAGCAGCCCACAGAAGCUGUGGUCCCAUGCCCGUUUGACCUGCACCAGUACAAGACAGUGUCGGCCAGCGAGAUCCAGUACAAACCAGUCACUGUGGCGGACCUGCCAGUGGCGCACAAAGACCUCUGCCUCACCGUCUCCACAUCAGCCAUUCAGGUGGAGCACAUGAACUCAUAGGCUGCGUCUUCCCACUCUGUUUGAGCAAUUACUAAUUGUGUCUGCAGUGUAUAAAGGUCCAUAUGAAUAAGUAAUUAACUGUAUUCAGUUUUAUAGUCUUCUUUAGUAAGAAAAAAAUGGCUCAUAGGGUGGACAGUUUUACCAAUGAAAUGUUCAAAGAUACAAGUAAAAUUUAUUUCACCCAUUGCCAGUUUUUUCUUCAUUUUAAAGAGGCUAUCACUGAGUACCACAAUAAAUUACUUAUUAGAACACAGAUAUUUUACAGUGUGCUUCUCGAUUCCUCAGCCCACUUGUGCCAAGUAUCUCUCAGUAGAAAUGCUGGUCUAGAACCCUGAUAUAAUUAGUUUAUUCUUUAUUCCCAGACCUGAAUUUCUAAAAAGCAGAUUUAGUCUAAUUUCAUCUUUAAUCAACUAUUCAAGAGUCAGUAGACCAAUAACACUGAUCCAAAACCAGCAGUCCUUCUCUGAGAAUCUUGAUAAAUGGAGGCUCACUGGUGUUCCCUCUCACCAUCGGAGGAUGAAGAUGUAAAAUAUCUGUAAAAUAAAAAAUUACAUUACUCUCUGCACAUUUAUGAUUCGCAGAGAAUGAUGUAAGUUUUGAACACAUACAGAUCACAUUAAUCUGAACAAUCUCCAUUAUUAAUUUCAAGCCAAAACAAGGGAGAGAAAUAAGACAAUGAAUCAGUGAUGAAAGACUGCAGUGAAGGACUAAGUAAAUAAUUUUAAAUGGCUUUUAAAUGACACUUCUGGACAACUGAGGUCGGAUCAGAACGGCCGAAACUGGAGGCUGAGAAAAGACUACAAAAGAAGAGCAAAAAGAAAAUAAAGCGGUGUAUUAUUGGAUCAGGCCAAAACCUGGGGCUGAAUCUCAAAGUGAUCACAAGUCAUGAUGUCCUUUUUUUACUCUCAUGUCCCCUCACACAGCGAGGAGCUGCGGAACCAUUUCUUCAUCUGAGCCCAAAGUAUUGAACAAAGGAGACAGACCGGAUCAAGAGUGCACUAAAUAAGAGGAAUCUGCAGCAGAUCGAGAUGGAAGCACGAGAGAGAAAAGGGGGUUGGUGGGGUGGGAGGGGUCUCUAAAGAAAGCACUUGAUGAAGCUUGUACUUCACGUCGAUGUUUGUCAUUAUUGUACUUUUUUUUAAUAUAUCAUAUGUAUGUAUUUUUCUACCAACAGAGGAACGUGUGAACAAACUCAAAGAGAAAGCAAAGUGAUGCAUGAAUGUGAAGGGAACAGAGAGAAAAGUCCUAACAGAGUGUUUGUCCCCUUUUUUUUGUUACUAUUAAAAGAAAGACAGUUUACUAUCCUCCAAUGAGUAAAGGCAGCCCAACUCGUUGUAGUCAGUUGUUGGGAAAAUAAUGAUUGUGUGAUAAAAAUGGCUGACAGGUACUGUUAUCAAUCUUUGUUUAAAGAACUUUUCAUACAUAUUAUUACUACUUUCAUUAUACCUGUAUUGCAAAUGUUAUCCACAUUAUUAUCAAUCUGAGGCAUUAUUGUAUUGCAGUAUGCUGUACAUAAAAUAGAUAGAAAAGACUUUUUCAUCUGUAAAAGGGAAGUAUGUCCUGUGUAAAGCAUAUAUGGAAACUAAAGGAACUCAAAUUAACAAGUACCAAAUCAUUGGCUGUGUCCCAGGUCACCUUUAGUGCUGAUGGACUUUUAACUUCCAAGCUCAGCAAAGUCUGCAAAAGAAUUGCCCAAAAAGUUUGUUAAACUGCAGGAAGAUUUUUUUUUCUGCAAUGUAUGACUUAUUUGGCCAAGUUAAUUUUAUGUUUAAUUUGUAGGAAUUGUUAAUGGGGACUGCUUUUCGUCUUAUUGGACAAGAUAAGGUGAACUACCACAACCUGGAAACCAAUUUCUGACAUUGCUCAGCCAUGAGAAUCCCCUCAUUAACACUUAAGCAAAUGAUCUGAGAGUAUAUUUUAAUUAUUAUAACAUAAAACAUCAAGCGAGGCUCUGUGACCUGGGACAAUGCCGCCAUGUUUUUGUGCGCAAGCUAUCUCUACCCAAUCAAAAUGUGCAAGCAGCCUGUAACAACUGGUUGAUUGUCUUCAUGUAUACUCCUCCUUGUAUUUCAUUGUGUCUUUUUAAUGAAAAAUAACAGAUUCUCAAUAUUCUUGUUAAUGUUACUACCGAUGCUCCUGAUAAAUAGUACAGUUAUUAACUGCCCUCUUAUGCUACACUCUUGCAUACUGUAUGCACAGUUACACCUCUUGCUCAUCUGAACAGACUGUUUCUUCCCUUAAGGAGAAUAAAGUUUGAAAACAGUUUAUGAUGAAAAAAAA